GGAGUCUUCUGCACGGAGACCAUCGCCAAAGGAGUCCGCUUCGGCCCUUUCCAAGGCAAAGUGGUCAACACCAGUGAGAUCAAGACUUACGACGACAACUCGCUGAUGUGGGAGAUCUUUGAGUACGGGCGCCUGAGCCACUUCAUAGACGGGAAGGGCGCGUCUGGCAACUGGAUGUCCCUGGUGAACUGUGCCAGGUUCCCCGAGGAACAGAAUCUGACGGCUAUCCAGUGCCAGGGACAAAUCUUCUACGAGACCUGCAAGGAAAUCUCACCGAACCUCCAGCACCCCGAAGCAGCAACUUCCCCCUUCGGCUUCCCUCCGCCCUGGCGAAGCCCGGGGAUUGCACCAAAGGAAACUGAAGAGAGCUAUAAGUGUGAGCGCUGCGGCAAGGUUUUUGCCUACAAGUACUACCGGGACAAGCACCUCAAGUACACUCGAUGUGUGGACCAGGGGGACCGCAAAUUUCCUUGUAACCUUUGCAACCGAUCCUUUGAAAAAAGAGACCGGCUGAGGAUCCAUAUUCUCCACGUUCACGAAAAGCACAGACCUCACAAGUGCUCAGUAUGUGGAAAGAGCUUUUCUCAGUCCUCCAGCCUGAACAAACACAUGAGGGUCCACUCUGGGGAGCGCCCCUACAAAUGUGUCUACUGCAACAAGGCAUUCACAGCAUCCAGCAUCCUGCGCACUCACAUCCGCCAGCACUCGGGGGAGAAGCCCUUCAAGUGCAAGCACUGCGGCAAAGCCUUCGCCUCGCACGCAGCCCAUGACAGCCACGUGCGCCGCACGCACAGCAAGGAGAAGGGCUGCAUUUGCUUGGUGUGCGGCCAGCACUUCCCAGACCAGGAGGAUUACCACUUCCACAUGAAGAUGCACGCUGCUCAUUAG